GUCAGUCGCUGUCCGUGCGCCCGGACGUGCUCAGCGAGAUUUUCCUCGCAGAGUUUCAGGAGUUCCAGGAUGGCGUGGCGCCCUUCGACCACGACGAGGCUGUGAAAUUGGUUCUGAAAGGUUUGGGCAUCCGGGACCUCUCCGAGCGCUUUCGGAGCUUCGCGUCGAAGCCCGUAGCUGCCGCGAGCUUGGGCCAGGUCUACAAGGCAGAGCUCUUGGACGGAAGCCGUGUGGCCGUGAAGGUUCAACGGCCGAACCUCGCCGAGACCGUCAGCCUCGACCUUGUUAUUGCCAGGCAGAUAGCCAAGCUCCUCAUGUCCUUCAACGAUGUCCUUCCCGAAGGUCUCCAGAACAGCGACCUUAUCGGCUUCGUGGAUGCUUUUGGCCAGCGGGUUUUCGAGGAGUUGGAUUAUGAGAUGGAGGUGAAGAACGCCCAACGUUUCCGAGAGCUCUACGGAGAUCAAGCGAAGCUGAAGGUCCCUCGCAUGUACCCCAAGCUGGCCACGAGACAAGUUAUCGUCAUGGAGUGGAUCGAUGGCGUCAAGCUGACAGACGUGGAAGCGAUACGGGGUCUUGGACUCGAUCCACUGACGUUCAUCACCAUUGGCAUCGAGUGCUCCAUGCGGCAGCUACUGGAGCAUGGCUUCUUCCACGCGGAUCCACAUCCCGGGAACUUCUUCGUGACGAAGCAG